AGCUAUUAGGUUAUUUACGGUGGACGUCGGCAGUGCGUCAUGUCAUCAUAAAGACGUAACGUGACGCUCUACACAUCCCUCACUCACUGGUUGUUUAUUGUUUGAGGCAGGGCUGCAGUCAAACAGCAGGCAGGAUGUUGCGGCUUCGCUGUAAGACCAAAAAUGGGAGCCACAUCAUGCAGGGCCUGACUCACCAGUCCUGUGUGCAGGAGCUGAAGACCAAGGUGGAGGAGCUGACUGGGAUCCCUUGUGACGUGCAGAAAAUUAUGGUCGGUUAUCCACCGUCAAGCCUUGAUCUUCGAAACGGAGACGCUCAUCUCAAGGACUACCCCAUCAAAUCAGGAGACACGCUCAUUGUUGAAGAAGAAAAGAACAAGCCAAAGCCUCAAGAUCAUCCCACUGUGACUAAAGCGCCACGCCUCGAAGCCUCACCUGUGCUGGCACGUCGAGUCGUUCCGGCGGACAACUCCUGCCUCUUCACCAGUGUGUAUUACGUGGUGGAAGGGGGCGUGUACGAACCAACGUGUGCCCCUGAGAUGCGAGGCCUCAUCGCGCAGAUCGUGUCCAGCGACCCCACGGCGUACUCCGAGGCGGUGCUGGGAAAGACCAACGAGGAGUACUGCACGUGGAUACGGCGUGACGACACCUGGGGGGGAGCCAUCGAGGUGUCCAUCCUGUCAAAGUUUUACCAGUGUGAGAUCUGCGUGGUGGACACUCAGACGGUGCGAGUGGAUCGAUUCGGGGAGGACGCCGGGUACCACAAACGCGUGCUUCUAAUCUAUGACGGCAUCCACUACGACCCUCUCCAGAAAGAAACGCCCGGCUCAGAUGUCCCGCCGCAGACUAUCUUCUCCACCACGGACGACGUGAUCCUGGCGCUGGCACUGGAGCUCGCAGACGAGGCCCGCCGGAAGCGCCAGUUCACGGACGUUAACCGCUUUGCGCUGCGCUGCAUGGUGUGCCAGAUGGGGCUUGUCGGACAGAAGGAAGCCCGUGAACACGCCAAGGAGACAGGCCACACCAACUUUGGCGAAGUGUGAGCAUCACUUCGUCUUCUCUCUCUCACAAAUACAACCACCACCAACCCUGUGCCCCACAUGUGGCGACUCUGUUGGUCUUUCUGUCAAUCUGCUUGUGUGAUCCUCUACCUCACAUUGUCCAGCGACAUCUACAGAGAAUCUGCAGACACUAGCCGGUUCAGUAUUACUUAUCAAACUGCUGUUAUUUCUCAAAGUCAGAAACACUACUGCAGAGCUCCGAUGUCGUAGACGCAUCAUUUCAGUCUGUCAGGGAUGGUUUUAUUCGUGUAUGACAGGGUUCAGUAAAAAGUGCAAAUAAUUCUUAGAGCUUGUUUUAAUCCGUUCUGACUCCUUUUAGUCUCGUUUGUAUCUCUAAUGAACCAAUUAAUAACUCUAGGAUUGUGUGAAAUAAUUCAGUCGAUGCAAAUCUUAGUGAUGUGCUAACGAAAACUCACAAAACACUAAGAUUACUCAUCCAGCGUUGGCUGUCCGACGAUAAAUAUCUCCUAUGUCAGUGUUUCACAUCACAUUGUGGUAGUUUUUAACAGUAAUCACCGAAAGGGAGGUCUGUUUUUCUUCAGUGGGGUUGUAUGAAGUGCUUCUCGAUUGAAAGUGUAUCACCCACAGGGGAUCCAGAUCAGCUCAGGAACAAACCGGCUGGAGAACUGGAACAGAAGUUAGUCUAUCAAGGAAAUCAUUCAGGGCUUUACUUUGUCGUCAGAAAGCCGACAUGAUUAACAUUUUAUGUUAUUUUAACCCUUGGCCCUUAACUCUCUGCCUUUAAAUUCCCCUUUGUUAAAGACUGUGGCGCUCCAUGUCCAAUGAAGCUAAGAUUACCUGCCUUAAAUACAACCUCUAGAAAAUUACAAAACAUCAGAGGAUGUAUGCCAUGUGAAGUUUUACAGACAGUUACCACAGUUUUCUUCAAUCAUAAUUUUCUUUGGGGGGGGCUUUUUGACUUUAUUUCAUUGUACAGCUGAAGAGAGACAGGAAGUGUGGGGAGUAGAGAGAGUCACUCCUUACAUACUCUGGAACAGCAGGUGGCAGUAUGCAUCUUUAAACAUGUAGAAAAUGUUACACGUUUUCUACCCGAGUAGCUUUUGGUGUUCAAAACAGAAGCAAGUGGAAAAGUGCAAAAAACUUGUAAAAAUAAAACUCUUUCGCCCCAGUUUAAAAAGACAGAUAAAACUGGUUUGUAAAUGACUGUUUGAAAAUACACGUAAGAGGAGAGAGGAUGCUAACCUGGAGAGCAGAGAGAUCCCAAACUACCUGUAGGUGCGGAUUUAUACAUUUCGAGCUGAUCCGUCUGUUGACAAUCACUUCAUACAACCCCACUUGAAAAAAUAACAACUAUCCCUUUAAGUCUGACGCAUUUAGCUGGAGAAUCGCUGAUUUUUAACAUGCAGCUGCUUUAUUUAGUGUUCUUACUGUUUUGCAUAAAGUUUGCAUUGAAGAGGGAUCAAUGUUGAAUAUUAAUCAGCAGUAAAAACCUUAAAUGUGAAACACUGCAGGGUCAUUUUUAGACUCAUUGUGGAGUACAAAGGCUGCCUUGGUGUUGCUCCAUUGUGUGCACACAUUUCUCUAAAGUGUAAUAACUUUAAGAUGGCAGCCUGAGGAGACCGAUGUGUAUAUUUACUGAUGACUGACUGAACAUAGGUGUUAUAAGUCUACCUGCUGUCAAGCUUUCAAAACAACCACUAAGAAUUAUUUGCUCUCUGAAAAGAUUCACUGUUGUCUUAAACGCAGCACACACACACAGUCUGACUGUUAUCCAUCACGUUGGUUAUGUAGCAUGUUUAUUUUGUAUUAUUUCCGUUAUUAGACAGAAACUCUUCCAACACUGCAAACUGAACGUCUCUUUGACUGUCGAUGUCUGAGAUAGAUUCUUCUUUAGAUGAUUAAAUGUGGUUUUUGUUACAUCUGUGAAUUUACCAAGAAGCGGCUCGGAUUGAAAAUUGAGGUUAUGCAUUUUUAAAUAUUAUGUUACUAAUAGUGAUCCAAACUUCUUCUCUUUAUUACUUGAUUUUUCUCUUUUUUUAUGUUGCUUCAUGUUUUAUUAGCGGGUUAAUUUUAAAUGAGACAUAAAACGGUGCUGAAAACAUUUUACUAAAUUGUAGCUUGUUUUGCUCAUUUCCACUGAAAAAUAAGGUUUCAGGUGUUUAAUUUUUGAUUCUGGUGUGUGCAUUUUAACUGCAUCAUGCAUUUUCUUUCCAUUUCAUAUUUCUGAAUAUUUUUUAGAAUCAUGCGAGGCGCGUUUCAGGUCAUAGGUCGUGUUAAAGCGCAGUGGACUGAAGAAAGCUGUGAGAGAAACUCACUUUUCAGGUUUGUACAUUAAUGUUUUGCUCGUCAGUAUUACGCCUUUCCUCUUUUGUUUCUACAGCACAAAGAAAGUUAGGGUGUUUGAUCAGUAUCAAGGCAGGAGGUCAUUUAAUUUAAAUUUGGUGCAUGUCGUCCAACAAUGCCUUGUUACACUAAGUGUUGCACAACUGGAGCAUGUUCUCACGUUUUCAGGCUUCUUCUGAACUCUGAGGGUGAAGCAUGCACUUCUGUUAAACCAUGGUGAUGAUUUCUCUUAUUUGAAGCUCGGGUUAUUUUAAGGCUUCGUGUUGUGAAUAACUUUUUUUGAAUUGAACAUAUCUGCGAUUCUGCGUUGGCCAUAUUGGUACUGAGUUUUUGCCAAAUGAACCUGAGAGUAGACGGCUUUACUGGGUUUCUUUUAGUUUGAUGAUCUGGAUUCAGAUUCUGAGACGGUGUUUCUUUGUUUGAAUGUGAAUUAUUUUAAUAUUUUCCUCCUCAUCUGUUACUUUAGCUACUUUCUUUUUUUAACAGUGAUUAUGGAUUAACAGCUUGCAUAAAGGUGAAACUAAGAAAUGGCUUUGUUGUAUUUACCAAGUUCUCAUGGCUCUUCAAGGACAAUAACUGAUGAAUGUUGCACACAAAGCACUACAGAAUAACUGGAUUUACUUGAUUUUUUCAGUGUUGUGUCACAAAUAAAAGUUAUCGACAAAG